AUGGGCGAUAUCCGGAACCAACUAGACUCUCAGAAGCAAGUCAACAACAAGCCGAGUUCCGAUCAGAAAUACAAGUCCUCAAACUCUCUUACCCGCCUCCAGUCUGCAACAGACACACGUCCGAAUAAGAGUAAGACUUUCGCGUUUGGGAAGAAUAAGAGACCAGAAAGACAACGUUCAGCUAGCACAGAGAGCAUUCCAAAGCAGAGCCAUGACUCCGAUGAGCCUCCCGUUCCUCUUUUUGGUACUUUUUCGAAACACGCUGCUGAGGGUACUGGAAUGAAGGCACGACGCUUGAGUACAAGCUUGCCGGAUGAGUUUAACGUGGACUACUGCGAGCUGGACACUGAGUUCAAGAGAGCGAGCCUACUCCCAGGAAAGCGUGGAAAGCGACUUGGUGUUGGCGCUACUGCAGAAGUCCGGAUUAUGCAAAAGAAGGGAUACUCGGAGGAUCUCGUUGCAGUGAAAGAAUACAGACUUCGAGAUAGAACCGAGAACGAGGACGAAUAUUUGAAGAAGAUCAAGUCCGAGUUCAGUAUCGCCAAGGCGUUGAAUCAUCCAAACAUCGUCACCACGGUACGCCUUUGUACCCACGGUAAACCAGCUCGUUGGAAUCACGUUAUGGAAUUCUGUAACCAUGGCGAGUUAUAUGCCUUGGUUGAGCGUGGCUUGUUCAAGACGCAUUAUUCGCAAGGAGACCGCCUAUGUUUCUUCAAGCAGAUUUGCAGAGCUGUCGACUAUCUCCAUAGUCAUGGCAUUGCCCAUCGCGAUAUCAAAUUGGAGAACAUACUGAUGGACAAGAAUGGAGGGUUGAAACUCUCCGAUUUUGGAGUGUCGGAAGUUUUCUGCGGUGAGCAUCCGGGUCUACGUGCUUCUGGUGGACAGUGUGGAAAGAACAUGGGGGAAGUACGGUUGUGUCACCCAGGCCUCUGCGGUAGCCUCCCCUAUGUCUCUCCAGAGGUCUUGAGGAAAGAUGUCGAAUAUGACCCUCGACUCCUGGAUGUUUGGUCUACUGCUAUUGUCUUUGUCACCAUGACCUUUGGAGGGUCUCCGUGGCAAUCUGCGACAGAAGUAGAUCAAUAUUACGUGCGCUUCGAAGCUGGAUGGGAGGCAUGGCUCAAAGAACACCCUGAUGGCAUCAUCAGAAAUGUCUUGGACUCAUCUCCUCUGGUUGGUCCGCUUUUCAGGCGAAUCGAACCGCCUACUAUGCGCAAGACGAUCCUCCAGAUGCUACAUCCAGAUCCCUCGAAACGUAUCACAAUGAAGGAGGUAGUUUCAUCGGGCUUUUUCCUGGGACUCGAUUGCUGCACACCGGAGAGCUACGAAAAUCCCAACUGGGGUAUGAACGCGGCGGAACGGGGCGCCAGUCGAAUGGCACAGCUUGCCACAAGGCAGAUUGUAAAGAAGCAUCAUCACAUUCCUCCGAAAGAGGUUGGUAAAUUUUCUAAAGGCAUUACACAUAGGUUCGACAUGGGUGAUGGAACUUGA